AAAAAUCUAUAGCUAAGUUAGAAGAUCCAAAAUCGAACAAAGCAUCUUCCACACCUUCAACGACCUCAAGGACCACACGACCACCAGUAACGGCAAAUACACCUGGCGAUAACAAUAAUGAGAACAUUGAUGUGUCAUUUAUUGAGGCUACUCUUAAAGGACUUGCCAAACACCUGAAAGGAAAAGAUAUCAAGAAGAUGGUACUUGGAAAGAAAUUUGAAAUAUCUCUUCUGUUAAGUCUUCAAACCAGGUCAGGUAGUAGCAUAGUUCCAGAUGUGAUGACGCAUUCUUAUUCAAGUCUUUGGUGCCGCAGAUGUUAUGUGUACGAUUGUAAACUUCAUGGCACCGACUUUAGACCAUCUGGAAACAAAAAACGCCCACGCCCCCCUAUUAGUAAAAACAAACCUUGCGGAGCGAAUUGCUAUCUUCAUUUGAAAGAGGACAGUCAAGAUUCAUAUAUGGCAGAUCGCUGGGAUGAUGUUGAAAUUGCGCUGUUUGAAAAGGCGGGAUAUCUUAUGGGAGUUAAGAAUUACUGCAGUGUAGCAACGAUAGUUAUGACUAAGACUUGUGAACAGAUUUUUCGUAGAUUUCAAUCAUUAGGAGAGACUGAUAAAGAUGAUGAACAUAUAGAAAUUGGCUCGUCAUCUGAUGAUGCGCGAAAAAAGGGCAAAAAAAUGGCAAAAAUGGAAAUUGAUGCAGAAAACCAUUCAGAAUAUCAUCCAUGUGAUCACCCUGGAAGACCUUGCGAUUCAGCAUGUCCCUGCAGGCAAGGAAACGUACCUUGUGAAAAGUAUUGUCAUUGUGAACUAGAUUGUCCACGACGCUUUCCAGGAUGUAACUGUACAGGUGCUGGGAAAUGUUGCAGCAACCGAACAUGCGUUUGUUUUGCCAAUUAUCGUGAAUGUGAUCCUGAUUUAUGCAGCUGUACAGCCUCAGAACCACUGACUGCACAAUUUAUGGGUAGACAAUCGUGUAAGAAUGUAGCUAUACAAAGAGCUUUGACAAAGCGCACAAUUGUUGGAAAGUCGACUGUGGCUGGUUGGGGUCUUUUCGUAAGAGAACAAGUCAAGAAAAAUGAGUAUUUGGGAGAAUACAUUGGGGAGGUGAUUUCACAAGCCGAAGCAGAUAGACGUGGAAAAAUAUACGAUAAAAGAGGCACUAGCUUUUUAUUCAAUUUGAAUAAAGAUUUUGUUGUAGACGCAACACGAAAGGGCAAUAAAUUUAGGUUUAUUAAUCAUUCUAAUGAUCCAAAUGCAUUUUGUCGUGUUACGCUAGUAAAUGGUGAACAUCGUAUAGGAAUUUACGCGAUGAGCGACCUUGAACCUGGUCAAGAAUUAUUUUUCGAUUAUAGGUAUAUUAUUACUAUUAUAUUAAUUACGUCCAAAGUACCUGAAAAUGACGACGUUCAGGUCGUUGAACUCCAAGUUCCGUCUUCAAGUGCCGAAUCCUCUGCGUCACCCACUCCAAGUCCCGCUUAUUCUAUACAAACUGAUAAUAACAAUGACAUAAUAGAGUCAGAGCCCAUGCUUGAACAUUUGAAGGAUGAAACUACUUCUACAGAUAAUAACGAAGCUGCGAAUAACGGUAAUACUAGAUUUUCUAUAUUUGGCUCGAUAAAGAAACAAACAACACCAGUAUCUUUGCCUAUUGUCACUGACGGAGUGUUCUCCAACCUGUCGGCUAAGCCUGACACGGAAGCUAAUAAGGAUGAUGAAAAUCCACCAUCAUACGAAACUGCUGCGGCUGACGCUACACCCCCAUACUGGGAAACGACUAUAAUUGCACCUGGACUAUGCGGGGAUGAAAUUCUCGUUGAAGGUUUACCCGUGGGAAACUUUUUCAGUUUCAUUUGGAAUAUGCUUGUAUCAAUGAGUUUCCAAUUUGUUGGAUUCUUAUUAACAUAUCUUUUACAUACUAAUCAUGCUGCCAAGAAUGGCUCCCGAGCUGGUUUGGGUAUCACAUUAGUACAAUAUGGUUUUUAUCUUCGCGGUAGGUCAUUUGAUGAUGACGGCGUGUAUUAUAAUUAUGAUGAGGCUGAUUUAAGUGACAAAGAAUUAGCACGUAGAGCAUGGCUAAGCUAUAUCCUUAUGUUCUUGGGUUGGUUUAUUGUUAUCCGAAGCGUUUCAGAUUAUAUCAGAGUUAAAAGAAUGGAAACAAUCAUGCGUACUACGCCAGAAGAGAGUGUAUAA